CUGCUGCUAAUUUUACGCAGGAAGGCAGGAAAUGUUAAGUGAAGACUUUGCUAUGCCACAAACAACAGAGCAACCCUGGCCCUGCAGAAGAUCCUGUGUGCCACAGAGCUGAGCCGUCCGGGGCUGAAAGAUAGACACGGGGCAGAGAGGAGGGUCUCGACAACUGAAACACAUACAGAAUAAAACAGAGGAAUAAAUUAAAAGGAAGUGGACUAAAGGGUUGAGGGGAGACCGUGUCCUCUCUUGGACACCUCUCUUGGAGCUAUGGCAGAUAACAGCACUCAUCCUAUUGUGGAAAUAUUGGGGUCUUUUGGAUUAAGGGAUGUGAUACUAGCCUUCUGUCUUUCUAUGGUUGUUGGUCUACUGCUGGGUGCUAUGGUCUACAUGUCUUUGACUUGGAUGUCCCGUCGUCGGGCCUCGGCAAAUAUCACACGCCUCCCCGUUCACCAUUCCCGUUCCACCACCCGCUCUUCCUCACCACGCUCUCGUCCUGGCUUCAGUCGACACAGCAGCAGCUACGACAGACGCAGCAAUAACAGUCUGGCUAACGCUGCCUUUUCUUUCCAUCGGCAGGCCUCUACCUCACCAACAGACUAUGGUGACUCGUCUGGCCGCAAAUCGAGUUUCAGGGCCUCUACCUUCCAUCCUCUUAUCCAGUGUAGUCAGAUUGCUCGUGAGGCCGAGGAGGCAACCCAGGGCAGCCUGCCACGGACCCCAACACUAUCAACAAACCCUGGUGCGGCUGGUUCAAACAACACAGUCAGUACUAUGAUUACUCCACCCAGGGCCAGAGCCAGACCCGAUUCCUUCUGGGGCAACAGCGAUCUAAGAGGUUUUCACGCUGGCCAGACUCCACCACCUGCCUAUGAUAGUAUCAUACGAGCCUAUCAAGAGACGACCACGUGAAGGGAGGAUAGAAACGAUAGUUGGGAGAAGAUAAAUAAAUAGACUUGGACUAGAAAAUCGGACAUCAGACAUCUCAGAUUCAGGUUCCUCCUGGGGUUCCAAAACCUUAGCAGACACGGCCAGUUUUCUCUUCUGUAUUAUAUUUAUGUGUUAUUUUGUGUUUGUGCACACAUGUGCAAAGUUGAUUUGAAAUGCAUAUAUUAGAGAAAGUAAAACAGAGACAGAGAGAGAUGAGCAAAAUAGAUAAAUAGAGAAGAUAUAGGGUAAUUUUCAUUUUUUGUAGAGUAUCCCUUUAAUGGUUUUACACUGUGGGACCAUUAUACGAUGUCUAUUAUUUUUUUUUACAAACUGUUUCUAUUACAAACUGCAAUAAGUAAAAUAAUUUUGCACCAUACUCAUUAGAUUGAGUAUUUAUUGCUUGGUGUUCCAGGGAUUCUGGUCUUUGUAUCAUUUUUCAGCAUAAUUGUACUCAUAGGAAUAAAAUGACACCAAGAUUUUGCAAUA